GUUGAUGCAAUAGCCCCGUCCCCAUGGCCUACGACGGCUACCGCGGGCCUCUGAACCCGCCGGACCAGCACUCGUCGCAAUACGCCUACGACACCGCCUACGACACCACCUACGAUCCGCGGUCCUAUCAGACUAAUCCUGCCUCACACCACCAGAACAAUGCUCCAGCGUACUACCCUCCUGAGCCGCAAAGCCCACGAUCGCGCGCCUCGUCCAACACCCGCUCCGAUGGCUCCCAGCAACCCCUCUAUGAUGCACUCAACAACGCCUUUGACAAGUCAGACGCCGCAAGCCGGGUGGAUCCAGACCUCAUAGCCCAGAUCACAGCCCAGGUCAGGAAGCAGGUCUUGGAUGACCUCAAAUCCAGCGGCGUAGGAGUCAACGCCGCACCUCAGCCUCCUCCGGCCCAGCACUACCCCACACAGUCGCCUACUGCUUCCACGACAGCGUCUUUCCCAACCCGCAACGUGUACACUCCUCCGUCCCCCACCCGCCACGACUUUGAAAGCCACGGGUCCAAUUCGCCUGAUCCUUUGCGGCACGACCCCAUGUUUGACGGCACUGGCGAUACUCCGACGCCCAGACAAGAAAGUACCCAGCCCCGACAAGUUUACGAACAGCCUUCUCGAUCGAGGCCUGUAACCGCUGCCCGGAUUCCAACAGACAAUGGAGAGGCUACAACAGUGGAAAAAAUAUGGCAGCCCCUCUUCGAUUCGAGUGGGUAUCCAACGGCAAGGCUUGGGCAGUUUCUGAGAGGGCUGGCGAAUCACAUUAUUGACGAUUAUGAGCCGAAAAAGAGUCUAGUUAUUUCUCCGGCCAAAAUGCAAAAGUUUUACGGCGACGUCAAACUCAGCGACGAGAUCUAUCCAUGGGGCACUAUCUUCGGAAAACUCCCCAAUUCGACACUGUCCAAGAUGUAUCGAGAUAUGAAAUGUCAACACCAUCUAAUCCAAGACGAAGUCCACCUAGUCCCAAACAUUCCAGCCUUGACGCCUGAUGGCUUCCAAGAGUGGAUGACUGCCAUGAUUCAAGCCUAUCCUGACACUGAGCAUGACCGCCUUUCCCGGGCUGUCCUGGAUAUGCCCAUCAGCAACGCCGAUGACACGAAGGAACGAUUCCCAAAGGAACUACCUCGACGUCUAUUCCCAAAACAUGAAAACCUACAAGCCCAGCAACGGUGUGCCGCUGCUGUCUCCGCCGAGGGUGCUGUCCCACUGAAAAAACAACCCACCUUCCCACCACCUCCGCCGCUCGCGCCGACUGUGAAUGCUAGCUUGGAGCGUGAAAGAAGUCCAUAUGGUGGUCCAGCCCUCGACUCAUCAAUCUCUGCCAUCGACACAGACGAAGAGGACGAACUUCCUCGCUCAAUCCCCAUCGAACGGGAACGACAGCCGUACUCAGCCGCACCCAGCGGUGGCCGAGUCUUUGAAGAACCCGCAGCCAUGAAGUCAGACACCGAAACACACACCCGCGGCCACCGCUCACAAUCAUCCGCCAACUUAAACCAAUGGCCUUCUACCUCCGCCCGUCCAACCGACUACCCCCCCUCCACUACUCGCCAUCAUCGAACCAGCUCAAUCUUGAACGGCCGACGCCCCCGCAGUCCAAGCUUCUCAAACCCGGGCACUCGCUCCGAUACCUUUAUUAGCGAUGCCCCUCGUUACUCAGCAUCUAAUAUCUAUGACGCCGAUGAAGAAAACCGCCGCUUCGCCAAAGACGCAGAAGCAAAGCGGGACUGGGCCAGACGACAGGCAGAUGAUGAUGCUGUUCCGAACCGUACCAGGGCUGAGUCGAUCACCGGCGGAGUUUCAUACGGCGGCCACGACGAAUAUUAUGGAGGAAGAGGGGGUAGCAAUGCGUACGAUGGAGCUGGGUCUGGGAGGGGUUAUGGGGCUUCGUACAACGACCGGCGAUACUGAGCCCUAUACGAAAACACUGAGCGAUUGACGACAUUAUGGCCGAUAAAGCGUGGGCUCUGGAACAACUCUCGCUUGGAAGAGACUUAUUACCUUUGUUUUCUAUCUCCUUUUUCUUUGCCUAUAGGGCUCUAUCAUGAUGGCGUUAUACCCUCUUUUUCUCACAUUUAGAUUUCUGGGCUGGACGGACGGAUGGAUUGUGUACGGUUUCAUCAUACCCCUUUGUUUUUGCAUUACCUUCUGUAUAACUGAAGAUUGAGCGGUUCUUGGAGAGAGAGGGCAUUGGAUGGGUGGGAAAGAGGUCACGGGGUUCACGUGUUGUAAAACACUCCUUCUGAAUUGUUGUUUCUAGUUUAGUGGUGCUGCAUUUGGAGAUACCUUGGAAUCGAAUCUGG